GUAAUUAUAGAAGUCAUUAUCUUUUCCGUUCUUCUUUCCGAUGAAUCUGGUAUUUCCUAAUUUUUCCUCUUUUUCUCAUCCUAAUUAUAAUUUAUAAAACUCAUUAACCAGUCCCAUGUUGGCAAUUCCAGCUGCUCUGACUUAUAAACGAAGGUUUGUGUAUUGUCUUUGAAAGAAUGGCUAGAAGAAGUUGUAACUGCGGUAUGUGUGAGAAUGCAAACCUUCCUUCUAUCUGUGUCGCCUGUGUCAGCUACAAAGUACAUGAAUAUCAUGCUGCAUUGAAAUCAUUGGAGGCUACUCGUGAUGCUUUGUAUAAGAGAUUGAAUGGAGAAAUGACGGCCAAGAAAAAGGCCGAUGGGCAAAGGAAUUGGAGAGUACUUCACAAUGAGAAAUUAGCCCAGCUUAAGAAGAGGCUUUCAACUAUUGAGAAACAACUCCGCCAAGCAAAGGCCAAACGAGAAAAAAUGACGCAGGAGCAGGACAAUAGAGAUGCAUUGCUGAAAUCUGCUUUUAUUGUGUUGGAGAAAAAUCGUGCUGAGCAGCUGCAGAAGUAUUACCCUAACAUCAUAUGCACGCAGAAUUUAGGGCUUAUUGCAAUCACUUCUGAAGUGCUCCACAAGCAAGCUGUGAUUAUAAAAAAUGUCUGCAAAUUGUUCCCACAGCGCCCAGUGAAUCUGGAAGGGGAAAGGAAAGAACUAAAUGAUACUCCCAAUGAUCUACGAUAUGAUCAAAUCUGUAAUGCUCGAUUGCCCAGAGGACUUGAUCCCCAUUCUGUCCAAUCUGAAGAGCUUGCAGCAUCUCUGGGGUACAUGGUGCAUCUUGUUGAUCUUGUUGCUUGGUAUUUGCGUGCCCCAAUUCUUCAUAAUUCAGGCUUUGCUGGGUCAUGCUCACGAAUAUGGCAAAGGAAUUCGUACUGGGAUGUGAGUCCAGCUUCCCAAAAUAAGGAGUAUCCUCUCUUUAUACCACGCCAGAAUUCCUGUGCUGUGAAUGCAGAAAGCUCAAACUUUGGUGUUGCUUCAAUGGAGUCAGAGAAGAAGCCCCACGUUGAUGGUGUAGGCAGUAUCAGUUUUAAUUAUUCUAGUGCUUCACCACACUCUGUUGAAACACAUAAAGACCUACAGAAAGGGAUCUCUCUUUUAAAAAAAAGUGUGGCGUGCAUUACAGCAUACUGCUGCAAUACGUUGUGUCUGGACUUUCCAUCUGAAAUGUCGACAUUUGAAGCAUUUGCAAAAUUGCUACAAACUAUAGGUGCUAAGAAAGAAGUUCAAUCAUUUACCUCAAAGAUAGCAUGUUCAAGAUCUAGGAAACCAGUUCAGCAGGUGAAUACAUCUGUUUUGCAAGAGCAGUAUCUGAUAAAUUCUGUGACGUCAUCAUACUGUUUGGAGGGAAGUGCCCAUGCACCAAGUAUAAAGCCUGAUAAGCAGAAAGGAAGAAGUGAUAUGAGCUUUCUUUACACAAAUGAGGCAACCAUCAGUAAAAAGGGGGACUGCCUUGUCGAAGGUUGGGAUAUUGUGGAGCAUCCACCGCUUCCGCCUCGCCCCUCUGAGUCUGAAGAUGUUGAGCAUUGGACCAGAGCGAUGUUUAUUGAUGCCACUAAAAGGUAAAUGUUCCCCUUUUCUUUUGCUUUAUCUUGUCACAAUUGGUGUUUCAUGAAAUGUAAAAAGUGUACGAUGUAAUGAAAAUAGCAGAUAUGGAUAUAAUUGUUUGGCCACUCCUUUCGCUUGUAAUGAAAUGUGUGUUGCAAUAUGCAAAAUUA